AGAAGAGGUGGGUCGGUGCCUCUGGAAGGGGCGGUGGUCGCCGGCGCUCGGGGGCGUUGAUGGCGGGGAGCGGCUGCUGAGGGAUGUCGGCUGCGGCUUGCGGCGGAGCAGGGCUGGCACAGCCCGGAGUGGGAUAGUGCGACUUGGCGUAGGGGAAGCCGGGGCUCGUAGUUGCCCCGCGUUGGGAGUGCUGAGGGAAGAGCGUGAGGAGGGACCCGGCGUGGCGUCCAGGUUUCUCAGUAAAAGAUUGUGAAACCAAACUGGCUAAAAAAAUGCAAAGUUUCAUCCCCUGAAAAUGGUAUUGUCUUUACAGGUGUAGAAAAGAAGAAGAGAGCUGUACUCCUGGAAGAUGAAGAUUCUUUGGGGAAUUCAUGCUAAUGCACUGGCAUAUUCCAUGACUACCUUAGGUGCUGGAAUGAUGAACAGCAUUUUUAAUUUCUACUACGUUAAGCUUUUCCUAAACCGAUACAAAAUUUCAGAAAGCGCAUUUCAUGUAGCACAGGUUGUGUUCAUGAUCUGGAAUGCCAUCAACGAUCCCCUUUUCGGGUACAUCCAGGACAACUCGCGGCUGAAGUGCUGCGCAAGGCGCCAGUUCUCGAUUUUGUACGGAGCGCCUCUGUACGGCUUGGCCUUCCUGCUGCCCUGGUUCCCCUGGAGGCGCUACGAGGAGGGGGACUGGCUGAGCGGCCUGCACCUCAUCAUCGCGCUGUGCGCCUUCGACGGCCUGCUGACCUUCGUGCUGCUGGCGCAGUGCGCGCUCUUCGCCGAGAGCUCCCCCAGGCACGACAGCCGGCUCCGGCUCAUCAAGUACAGCCAAGUGGCGACGUUAAUCGGCUCCACGAGCGUUCUCUUUUGCGGGCUCGUAUCGGAUAAUAUGGAAAACUUCGCUUAUUUUCAGGCUUUCACCGUUUUGAUCGCGGCGCUGGCCACGGCUUGUAUGUGUUGCACAGGUAAAUACACCACAAGUCAAUAUGAGCACAGAGACAUUCAUACAGAGGAUGCUAACGUGGAAAACGGUGAUGGAGCUUUCUCCCUGGCCUCAGUAGUUUCAUUGACGAAACAGAUCGUGACAGAGAAGAACUUUCUGUGUUUUGUAACAAUGAACUUCUUCCAAGUCUUCCACCUAGCCUUCUACAACAAUUUUAUGAUGAUCUUUGCGGAUAAUCUCAUUCCUAAGGAUGUCCUUUCGUCCUCAGUAAGAAGUAUCAUGUAUGGAGCAGGUUUUAUUUGUCCUCAGUGCCUUGUUCUUCUCAGUCAUGCUUUGUUGAAGAAGUUUGGUUAUUACAGAAUCAUCUUGUUUUCCUUUUACUAUGAAGGAGUAGCUGCUGCUGUCAUGUGUCUUCUAGGGCAAGAACACUAUUAUCUGCUGGCAUUUUAUGUCACAACAAACAUGGUAAUUGUGCAAGCUUCAUUUAGCUUGUUCAAUUUGCCUUUGGCAGAUAUUGUUGAUGCAGAUUUAAUAAAGCACAAGAGGAGAUUACCACUUUCCUCUAUGGUUUUUGGUACCAAUGCUUUAUUUACCAAGCCUGCCCAAUCUUUGGCUCCAAUGGUUGUGGUUACAAUACUAAAUCAUUAUGGAUAUUAUAACCUGAAUAAUGUACCUGGUCAUCCUGAUAUAAGCAGGUCGUUUUUAGAUCUCCAUGAUGCCAUGUUCUACCUCGUCUGCCUGGUUCCCCUCUGCAUUGCAGUCCUACAGAUCCUGACCUGGACUCCAUUUUCCAUCCAGAACAGCCACCUGGCAGCUCCACAGUAAAUAUGGAACCAGUGCUCAGUGCAUCUCCUGCUGAACCACAAGGGAGUUCAGUAAGUUGUUCAUGGGAGAAAGCAAAAUUGCAAGAUGAAACACAGUUUGAGCUGUUUCAGUAAAGUUGAAUUUUCAGUCUGUGUAGACUGUGAAUCCCAUUCAGCCUUAAUGCUGAGCCUACACUAGUUUUUUUUCCUAGUUCAGUUGCUUUCUGUUAAGGGAUGAUAUCCUUAAUUACUUUAUUUAAAGUAAUUUCUAGUGUAUAAUGAUUCCUGUUAACUCAUUGGAAGAAAGGAUAUGGCAGAUCAGGGAAAGGGACCCCAACCCUGGAAUUCAAGGGAACUGUAUUUUCUGAAGCUUACUGGUGCAUUAAUUUUGCCAUACUGAUAAAAUGGCAGAUCUCUGAAGUUAAUCUGGAAGAUCCCAGUGGACAUCCCUCGUGGAUGGCAGGGAGAUGAGAAAGGUUUAGAUGGUGUCUAGCUGCCCAGUAUCAAGACAAAUCUGACAGCUACCACAGGAAGAGCCAAGAGUAAUUAACUACUCCAUGAAAGUGUGUCAGGCUAAAGAAGAAAAGGAUUCAGGUGCUGUUCAGUACAAUAUGGAAAAAGCUCCCUAAGUCCUCACUGGCUUUCCAGAUCUCUGGUUGGUGGAAGGUCAGUGCAGUUUUCUGGCUUUAAAUGGGAAAAUAAUUUUGAAGGUAUCCUACAGUUGGUGCUUUUUACAGAAUGUCAUUGUGGCAAGGACAGCAUUGGUCUGUGGAUGCAGGGUUCAGCUCUUGGACAGAUGUGAGCACACACAGUUACUAAACCAAGCUCUACCUGUUCACUGGUGUUAUGUUGGCAAACUUCUUUGUUGUGUGACAAUGUAAGUCAAUUUCUGAAUCAUCAAGUUAAAGUUAGUUAAUUUCUGAUUGAUUCUUAUCAGUUAAGAUUUUAAAUGAGUCCUGUGAUUUUUAUAAAAUAAAGGGGUUUUGACAACAUUUCAG